AGUUUUUGAACAUAUUUUCAUGUGCAACAGCUUAGCUGCUGGAGGGAACCAAAAAAGUUCCAAAAAAGUAGUGUAGACUGUUCUUCUUUACUCUCCAAACCCCCUUCUUACAUGCCCACAACCCACUGGUGAAAUUCCUUCUUUCUUUAAAUUUUUUUAUGGGGAAAGUCAUCCCAUGAUUUCUUUAUUGACCAUCAUCAUCUUCCAUGGUUUUACAGUAAUUCAUAAAUAAAAUUUCAAGUUUGAAUAUUUACAUGCUAAGAAUGUUUGUGGGUUUCUGUUGACUAACCCAUUGCUUGUAUGCUUCUCAUGUUCUUUUCAAGUGUUGUGGCCGAAAGAACCCUAAAAAGUUGCAUCGAUCGUGUUACAUAUGUGGCCUUUGGCUAACAUAGGAUGGAUUAUGAAGAAACGGAAGAAUUGUGAAGCUAUAUAGAAGUUUAUAUUUUUGUUACUUGUAUCUAGAAGCGGAAAAAGGAUCAAACUUGAAAAUUCCGAUAUGGGUUGUGCUUCUUCGAGGGUCGAUAAUGAAGAACGAGUGCAGAUAUGUAAGGAAAGAAAGAGGGCGCUAAAACAUCUUUUAGGGUAUAGAAAAGAAUUUACCAAUGCCAUUUUAUCGUACUUAAAGGCACUGAAAGACACGGGUAUAACACUUCGACAGUUUGCUGAAUCGGAGUCACUUGAAUUCGAGAGCACUUUACCGCCUUCUCCACCGCUCCCUCUCCCUCCCGCGCCUCCAUUACCUCCUCCUAUUGACAGUCCUGAUUCGAGGAAGGUGGAAGGUAAUCGUAAGGGAAAAGAAGUGCUAGAAGAAAUGAUUGAGGUUGGUGAUGAGAGUAUCUUUUCCCCUCCACCGCCUUCUAGCUUGGGGGAUCCUUGGGGCUUGCUUGACGGUACUUCUGCACUACAAAAAGCCGAGAGUGGAUAUUUUGAAGAUGUCGAUGAGGAAAAUUGGGCCGAGACAACAUCACAAUUUGAGGAGGAUCAAGAGAAUGUGACAUCUGAUAAAACUUCGGGUGCUCUUGGAAUGAAGUCUCUGAAAGUGGGUGACAAUUCAUCAACCGUGACAGGGCAGACGGCUGAAAUGGGAAGGGCUAUGGUGGUGUGGAGGAGGAAGAGGAAGACAUUAUCAUCCAUGGUUAAGGAGCUUGAUGAUUACUUCUUGAAGGCGUCUGCCGGUGGAAAGGAGAUAGCGGUUUUAGUAGACAUGACCACUUGGAAUGCUUCCUUACAUCACGACUCGAAAUCAAGAAAUGGGAAAGGUAACCACUCUGCUAGAUUGAGUUCUAUGUCAUGGAGCAGGUCAUCUCCACCACUUCAGGAUACAAGGGACCCUUUAGAGGUUGGUACUCCUGUUGAACCAUGCAAACCAGGAGCACACUGCAUCACACUUGAAAAGAUUUUUGCUGAAGAACAGACCCUUUAUACGACUGUAAAGAAGGAGGAAAGGGCGAAGUUGGAGCAUAAACGGAAAUCUAUGUCAUUGCGGAAACAAGAGGGUGAAAAUGGUGACAUGGAAAAGAUAGAGAAAUUGCAGUCGGCGGUUGAAACUUUGCAGUGCGAAAUUGUACAUCUUCAAGAGUUAGUAAGAAAGACAUCUACUUCUAUAAUGACAAUCAUAGACGAGGAGCUGCAUCCUCAGCUUUUUGCUUUGCUUUCCGGGCUUAUAAACAUGUGGAGAACGAUGUACGAGUGCCACCAAGUUCAGAGUCGUAUCUCGCAACAGGUACAGACACUAACAAGUCACAAUGCAGAGCCAACUACACUGCAUCAUCUUGAAAUAGCAAUGCAGCUUGAAAGUGGAGUCAAUUUCUUGUACACUAGCUUUUGUAAACUGGCAAAGUCGCAGCGAGAUUAUGUCGGUACCAUCUGCUUCUGGAUUCGGCUGACGGAAAGUCCUAUAGAAGGAGAAAACGAGAAUCGCAGGCCGUCUGUGGUUCGUAAUCUAUGUGAAAAAUGGCAGCUUGCCCUUGAUAGGCUACCAAAAACGCAGGUGUCUGAGGCGAUUAAGAGUUUUCUUGAGGCCGUACAAUCGAUAAUCAAACAACAGCGGAAAGAAUGCAUUCAGAGGAGAAAAUUAGAGAAGCGGGAGAGAAGGCUGAUGAAGGAACAAAAGACGGUUUUAGAAUUGGAAAAAGAACUUGAAAUGCCGGGAGAUGCAGCGAUUUCAGGUUCGAGCCAGAAGCAAAGAUUGUAUGAGAAACGCGCAAAAAUCGAUUUGCUAGUAAAGGAACACGAGGACGAGAAGGCCAAGUACGAGAAUGCUGUCCGUGAGAUCAAGGCUUUGACGUUAAGUAACUUGCACGCGAGCCUCCCUCGUCUGUUUGAAGAACUGAUGGGAUUUUCGAGUGCGUGUACUCAGGCUUUUCAGACGGUUUUGAGUCAUGCUCAGCAACUCGGUGAUGCUCAAGAAUCCCACACCGAAUGAUGGCGGCUUUUAGUUUAGAGUUAUACGAUUUUGUUUGAAACGCAGAUCGGUAUUGAUGCAAUGUGAUUAAUUCAUUGUAAGGCAUGUAAACAUCUGUACUUAACAGCGCUGAUUUUAGCUACAUUCACCCUCAUGUUUGUUGUCAAGUGAAAACUAUUUGGUGAAAUGAUCUAUUUUUUUGAUGGCCAA